AGCCGCGGAAGCUCCGCGCCGUGCCGUGCGAUGCGUGACUACGAUGCGGCCACCGCCUUCCUGGGCCAGUGGGGCCGCUUCCAACGCCUCGUCUUCUUCCUCCUCAGCGCCAGCACCAUCCCCAACGGCUUCAACGGGAUGUCGGCCGUGUUCCUGGCCGGGACCCCCGAGCACCACUGCGCCGUGCCCCCCGGGGCCAACCUGAGCGCCGAGUGGCUCAACGCCAGCAUCCCGCUGGAGACGCAGGGCGGGCAGGCGGCUCCGAGCCACUGCCGCCGCUACCGCCUGGCCGCGCUCCGCAACUUCUCGGCGCUGGGGCUCCGGCCCGGCUCCGACGUGGAGCUGAGCUCGUUGGAGCAGGAGCCGUGCCUGGACGGCUGGGAGUACAGCCGCGACGUCUACCACUCCACCAUCGUCACCGAGUGGAACCUGGUGUGUGAGGAUGACUGGAAGGCCCCACUGACCACCUCCCUCUUCUUCGUGGGGGUCCUCAUCGGCUCCUUCAUCUCGGGGCAGCUCUCAGACAGGUUUGGCAGGAAGAACAUCCUUUUCUUGACCAUGGCUGUGCAGACUGGCUUCAGCUUCCUGCAGAUCUUCUCUACCAGCUGGGAGAUGUUCACGGUGCUCUUCGUCAUAGUGGGGAUGGGACAGAUCUCAAACUACGUGGCAGCCUUCAUACUGGGCACAGAAAUUCUGGGCAAAUCAGUUCGUAUUCUGUUCGCUACGUUAGGAGUUUGCAUAUUUUUUGCAAUUGGCUACAUGUUGCUGCCACUGUUUGCUUACUUCAUCAGAGACUGGCGGAUGCUGCUGCUGGCGCUCACCGGCCCAGGGCUGCUCUGCAUCCCGCUCUGGUGGAUCAUUCCUGAAUCUCCUCGGUGGCUGAUCUCCCAGGGAAGAUACAAGGAGGCAGAAGCAAUUAUCCGAAGGGCUGCAAAAAUAAAUGGUGUCCCUGUCCCAGCUGUGCUUUUUGACACCACAGAGAUGCAGGAUUCGAAGCCUGAGCAGCAGCAGAAGGCUAUCCUUCUGGACCUAUUUCGAACCCGAAACAUUGCAACUAUUACUAUUAUGUCAUUACUUUUGUGGUUCUUCACGUCCGUUGGUUACUUUGGCCUGUCCCUCAGCACUCCAAACUGGCAUGGCAAUGCCUACAUCAACUGUUUCCUCUCAGCUGUCAUUGAGGUUCCAGCUUACGUGAUCGCCUGGCUUCUCCUCCGCUCCUUGCCUCGCCGCUACUCCCUGUCUGGCACCUUCUUCUUAGGGGGGGGUGUUGUCCUCUUCAUUCAGCUGGUUCCUGCAGAUUUUUAUGUCCUGUCCAUUGGCCUGGUGAUGCUUGGGAAAUUUGGCAUCACAGCUGCGUUUUCUAUGCUCUACGUCUACAACGUGGAGCUGUACCCGACGCUGGUGCGGAACAUGGCAGUGGGAGCUACCUCCACCGCUUCCAGGCUGGGCAGCAUCAUCGCUCCUUACUUUGUGUACCUGGGUGCCUACGACAGAUUCCUACCAUAUAUCCUGAUGGGAAGCCUGACUGUGCUGAUUGGGAUCCUCACCCUGUUCCUCCCAGAGAGCUAUGGCAAUCCUCUGCCUGAGAGCUUUGAGCAAAUGCUGAAGGUGAAAUGUUUCAGGAAUGAGCAGCAAGCUACUGGCAUUAGAAAGUCAAAGGAGAGUCCUAAAAUACUGGCAACCCCCUUGUGAAGAAGGAUGCGCACUCUGUGGGGCCAAAAGAAGAACAAGAUCUUCUCAACAGGCAUUUUCUACAACCAAACAAAACCCAACAGUCAAGUCUACUGCACCAUAGUUGUUACUCCCUGUGCUACUGUACCCAAAUACAUAGUUAACUGAACAGCUGCUGUCUGCUCCUGUAGGACUUUUUAUCUGUAAUCCAGUGUCCUGAUGCUUGGACUCUGUCAGCUGACACCAUUGAGAAAUGGUGGCCUGCCUGUGCUGAACAUGAUUGAUGCAAGGAGCAAUCCAGAAAUGAGCCUUAGGAACAAACCAGCGAAGGCUGCAGUCAGUCAGGUUCUCAAUGAAAGCUGCUUACAGAACAAAAAAACCCAGCAGAGCACUGAUGGGUUUCUCAUUUUGGGUGUUGACUGGAUGAAGGGGAGCUGUGGGUCUGGCUUGGAAAAUCUCAGCAUGUGCCCCUAAAUGAAAGAUCCCAGCCUCCUUUGAAAUCUGUGACCAAAGCCCCAUAGACUAAGUGGGAGCACAACUGAGUUGUAGCAUAGCAGAAGCAGACUUAACUGUGAGGAUGUCUUUUAAACAAGGCAUCAGAGCAUCUUUUGAUGUUGCUUGCUUUCCCCAGGAGCGGGGAUCCACUUCUCUCUCUAAAAGCUUUUCAUAAAGCCUGAGCCCACUGAAAUCUUUGGGCCUCAUCCGUGUUCAGGGGUUUGGAGGACAGGGGGAAGCCCUUAACACAGACAGGACUAGAGCUUGCUGACCUUCUGGUGGGCUGAGCCUGCUUUCAGAAGAAACAGGGACUUUAGGAAGUCCCUGGUCUUAUCUGAAUGUGCUGGGCAGUUUUAGCUUUCAUGUUUUUCAUGGUGUAUUGGUAUAAGUAGUUUUAUAGGUCU